GGGUCGUAGUAACUUCUGAGAAUGGUUGAUCACGACGAUCCACCAGAAGACGGGAAAAAGAGAGAGAGACGGAAUAGCGCGUGGACAGAUAAUGCCAAUUGUGGUGCCGACAUCGAAUACGCGAUUCAAAUGAAUCGAUGGUUACUCAAACCAUUGGGAGUUUGGCCACAUAUUUCGAUAGAAAAUUCAAGCGUAACGGCUGGAAAAUUAGUAAAUGGUCUCCUCGUUGUUUCAACCACUUUUUUGCUCGGUUUUAUACUCUUGCCGGGAAGCUUGUAUACAAUUAUAAAGGAGAAAAAAACCGACGUGAGAGUAAAAUUGAUAGGUGCGUUGAGCUUUUGCGUGAUGGCGAUAUUAAAGUACAUCUCUAUGUUAACGGGACACGAUGAGAUUGGCAAUUGUAUCGAACAUCUCGUGAAAGAUUGGCGUUGUGUCGCCAAUCCGGAAGAUCGUCGAACGAUGCUUUCGCACGCUCUUUUCGGGCGUUACGGUACAGUCGUGUGCGCCAUAUUCAUGUACGGCGGUGGCCUUUUCUAUGCCAUCAUAAUGCCACUUCUCCGAGGUUCUAUUUUCAUACCCGAAGCGAAUUUGACGAUCCGUCCACUCGCUUAUCCCAGUUACUACGUUCUAUUUGAUCCUCAAAUACAACCUUUCUACGAGAUGGUAUUCGCGACCCAUUGUUGUUGCGCUUUCGUAAUGCACACGAUCGCGACCGCUGGAUGCGGCCUGGGUGUUCUCUUCGUCAUGCAUGCCUGUGGACAACUCGAAAUUCUCGUCGCCUGGCUCAAUUCUCUCGUUGAAUCGCAUUCGAAAGAGGGUUCGAUUCUCGAUGCCAGAAUCGCCAGAAUUAUCAACCAACACGUACGCGUUUUGAGGUUUAUAACCAGUACCGAGAGUGUACUACGGAAUAUAUGUCUCGUCGAGAUCGGGGGAUGCACAUUGAAUCUCUGUCUAUUGGGUCAUUAUUUUCUUCUGGAAUGGGAGCAAAGUGACGCCAUAGCUAUACUCACAUAUACCAUUCUUCUUGCAUCCUUUACAUUUAAUAUAUUAUUGUUUUGUUAUAUCGGGGAAUUACUCACCGAAGAGUGUAAAAAAAUUGGUGAAACGACUUAUAUGAUUGACUGGUAUCGGUUGCCGUCGAAAAAAGCUUUAGGACUCAUUUUGACGAUCGCAACUUCCAACCGACCUUCGACAAUCACGGCUGGACAAUUGAUUGAUUUGUCACUUGGUACGUUCUGCAGUGUUGUCCGGACUUCGGUAACUUACUUGAAUCUUUUGCGAACUCUCAUUUUGUAAAAUAUAUCUGUUCUUUGUACAAAUACAAAGAGGAACUUACACUCUGAAUGAUUCGAAUGAAAAUUCCAUUAUCAACGUUGACUAUUAUUAUUUUUUACAACUAUAUAAUGUUUAUAUGAAAUAUUGAGCAGAGGCUGGUUUUCAAUAGCCCUUCCAAGCCCGAUCUCUUGAAGAACUAUAUAUAGAGACUCGCGACUGUACGCUGUAGUUGAUGCAGAAUU